UGCAGGUUUUCUGUCCUCAGAGAAUUGUCCAACAGACCCCACCGAGGAUUAAAUGAGCUGUUUGGAGCAUGAUGCCAUCACCUGGUUCACAGAGUCCCAGCUCCAGUUGGUGAUCAGGAAUGGCAAUAUCCCAAAAUGGUUUCAUGGGAUCAUUUCUAGGAAGGUGGCAGAGGAGCUGCUGGUGUACAGGCCUCCGGGCUACUUCCUCAUCAGAGUGAGCGAGAGCAGGAUUGGCUACUCUCUCUCUUACCGUGCCGAUGACCGCUGCAGACAUUUCAUGAUCGAUGCGUUGGAGGACGGCCAUUACGUCAUCGUGGGGGAGAACAGGCGUCACCGCUGUCUUCAGGACAUGGUGGACUUUCACAAACAUACUCCCAUCCAGCCUUUCAGUCAGGUGCUGACUGUCCCUUGUGGACAGACCUCAGAUGACAAGACUGACUAUGCGGAGUUGCUGUUUCCCCAAAGACAUCUUAAACCAAACACUAGCUGGUUGCCAACCACCUCGCUGCAAGGCAGCGUGGGUCAGCCAUCAGCGCGAGAAGAAAGCCCCCCCGCCCUUCCGUAUCGAGCAAAUAACUUGGACCAACUUUACCCUAAUUUGGAAGAAGAACAUCCUUGCCUCCCCCUCCCUCUCCCACCCCUGCUCUUGACCAGAAAGAGACUCCCCGCCGACAACCCUCCGUUUAACCAGCCGCCCCAGGUGCCGGCUCGGAGCUCGGUUCCUCCACUGAAGCAGAACCAGGCGUGUAUCAGAACGGUCCCUGAAAGCCUCCUCCCAACAGCCACCGAGCAACCCCUCGGAGGCAACAUCCAGCCCGCAAGGAACCAGGAGGCCAAGUCGUCCGUCGUCUCCAACCUGAAGAACCUCAGGAAGAAGUUCCAAAAGAAGAGGAGCAUGUCGCAGGAGUACGCAGAGGUUGUUAUGGAGACCACUGGGAGGAGUGGAGACGCUGGCAAUGAGUACCAGUUCAUCACAGGGCCUCAGACCUCCAAUGCUCAGCCAUUUCCCCAUAAUGUGACACUGACUGAUGGAGCGUUGCCUCAUGAAUACCGUCCACCUCCACCUUUUGCUCCAGGCUUCUGAUACACUACCUCUCCCGUAGAAAUAUAAUGUGUACAGAUGGAUAAAACGCAAAGUGGAUGCAGGACAAAAAUCGUCAUGCGAAAAAAAAAAGAGCUUGUAUCAGUCUUCGAGUACACAAUCAUAAAGGAUAAAGGUAGUGAAGGGUUAUGACGGUUACACUGCUGUCCCCAUGUGACUGUUAUUCGUGCCAGUGACUUUUGAGUGCUUCGCCUUUCUUUCUUUUUUUUGCUUGUUUAUUCAACAGAGACAACAGAUGAGCAUUGUUACAUAAAGAGAAGUAAUGCAAAUGUGCUCUACGUAAGCAACACUAGCCUCUUCCCUGGCGUUUGAGUUCAGGUGCAAUGUUGUUGUUUGCCUCAUUGGUGAUGUAAUGUAUGAAGAGGCAGCAGGAGGAAGUUUGAUGCAGGACAUGUAAAUAUAAAUUACAGAGUUUGUGUCAGCUGCUUUGUAUGCAGGAGACGUAGCAUCGGGGGCAAAUCUGUUAUAUAUCUGAAACAUGACAGGAAGAAAGUGCCGACGCUGGUUAAACUGGUUCAGAAACAAACGGGUGAGUUUCAUUUCACAUGGCCUCUGGACACGGAACGGGGAAGCAAAUCAAUUCACUUGUAGUGCAAAUUGAUUUGUCAGAUCCUUAUUAUUAUUAUUACUACAGAGCAUCUAAAAUGCAUCAAUUAUAUUUAAUAUUUAUACAA